AAAAUAGAUAAACCGAUAAGCAAAGAAAAGAACCGAAGUAAACCGGACGGCAAACCGAAAUAUUGCUAACAAAAAUAUAGUCGGCGAUGAUAUUGUAUCCGAACAGUUUGUAAACCCUAGAAAGAAGAGGCGUUGAUUCAGCCAAAAUCGAUUAGAAGUUGAAAUCGAGAUCGAAUCCAAUGAGUUCUUCGAAAUCUAAUUACAAGGAAAAGAUAGCUGCUGCUCGUCGGAAGGAGGAGAAAUCAGAAGAGUCGGAUAGUCUAAAGUACAGAGACCGUGCCAAGGAACGAAGGGAGAAUCAGAAUCCUGAUUACGAUCCCUCCGAGCUCGGCUCUUUCCACGCCGUUGCUCCUCCCGGCGCUGUUGAUAUCCGUGCUGCCGAUGCACUUAAGCUCUCUAUAGAGAACAGCAAGUAUCUUGGAGGUGAUGUUGAGCAUACGCAUUUGGUUAAGGGGUUGGAUUAUGCUCUGCUGAACAAAGUAAGGAGCGAGAUUGACAAGAAGCCUGACGCUGAAGAUGAUGGUGGUAGUGGGAAGGCUAGUGCGCCUAAGGAAGAUCAACGAGUUACUUUCCGUACUGCAGCUGCAAAGUCGGUUUACCAGUGGAUUGUCAAACCUCAAACUAUCAUCAAGUCUAAUGAGCUCUUCCUUCCCGGCAGAAUGACUUUUGUUUAUGAUAUGGAGGGCGGCUAUACCCAUGACAUACCGACCACGUUAUAUCGGAGUAAAGCUGACUGUCCAUUACCAGACGAACUUGUGACAGUCAAUGUUGAUGGUUCUGUGCUUGAUCGAAUUGCUAAAAUCAUGACAUACCUUCGCCUUGGAUCCACGGGGAAAGUUCUCAAGAAGAAAAAGAAAGAAAAAGAUGGUAAAGGAAAGACGUCAACUAUUGCGCAUGGAUAUGAUGAAGACAAUAAUCAGUCUAAGAUUGAGAAUGGAUCUAAGAACAUUAUUCAAAGGGAAGUUUUGCCUCCUCCUCCUCCGCCGCCAUUACCGGCUGGGAUCAACCAUAUGGAUUUGAGUAACAAAGAAGAAGUACCCCCUGUUGCGAGGGCAGAGGAAGAUGACAUAUUUGUUGGUGAUGGCGUCGACUAUACUGUUCCCGGUAAAGAUUUGACGCUGAGUCCUAUUUCUGAGGACAUGGAAGAAUCUCCCAGGGAUAAGGAGAAAGUCUCUUAUUUUGCUGAACCAGUGUAUGGUCCAGUACAGCCAACUGCUGGUCAAGAAUGGCAAGAUAUUAGUGGAUAUGGUGAAAUGCAUACUCAAGGACUGGCUACGGAGUAUCCGGGAGAGUGGCAGGAUUACCAAUACGCUGAGCAAACUGGGUAUCAAGAGCAGUACCUACAGCCUGGAAUGGAGGGUUACGUCGCCCAACCAGAAACGGAUAUUUUACAAGAUCCUCAACUAAUGUCUCAGGAAGAGAAAGAUAGGGGUUUGGGAUCAGUGUUCAAGCGUGAUGACCAAAGGCUUCAACAGUUGAGGGAGAAAGACGCACGGGAGAAAGAUCCAACUUUUGUAUCCGAGAGUUAUUCAGAGUGUUACCCGGGUUACCAAGAGUACAACCAUGAGGUUGUCGGCAGCGAUGAAGAAGCUGAUUUGUCUAAAAUGGACAUGGGCGGAAAGGCAAAAGGGGGUUUACAUCGAUGGGAUUUCGAGACUGAAGAGGAAUGGGAAAAAUAUAAUGAGCAGAAGGAAGCCAUGCCAAAAGCAGCGUUCCAGUUUGGGGUAAAGAUGCAAGACGGUAGAAAGACAAAGAAGCAGAACCGUGACCAGAAACUUAACAACGAGCUUAACAAGAUCAAUAAAAUAAUGACGAGAAAGAAGAUGGAGAAGGAGGGUGGGGAUGUUGCUUCUUUGGAUGCCUACGAUUCACAGACUCCCAAGAGAUCCAAGCAUUGAGUUUAUUUUCUCAAUUAUGUAACUACUGUCUCUUUCUAUUUUGUAUUUGGAUUGUUAGUAUUUAUCAUGAGUUUCAGAGUUUAAAAGGAUUUUACAUCUCAACAACAAUUACUUGUAAACUCUUUGAUUUUGAGUUAGUAAUUGAGCUACUCCA